UUAAAGGUGACAGUGAGAGUUUCUGACGGUCCGUGAACGCAGCUCGGUCCGUCAUGUGACUGAAGUCAGCUGACCAGAACCGGAAGCAGAACUGAAUGGAAACAUGACGGAUUUACUCAACAGAGUAUCUAACACAGAUUGUGUUAAAAGUUGGCUCUGUCCAGCGAUAAGAUCUCGUCUCUCAACACGCCUCUGCUCAGCCUCAGUCUGGACGUGAGGGAGAACGGAGCGCUCCGACCCGUCGCCAUGGAGAUGAGCAGGGAGGAACUGAGCGCGCUCAUUAGCUCGCUGGAGGCUGCUAACAAGGUGGUGCUGCAGCUGAAGUGAUGAACUAAUAAAACACUGUUGUUAUAAUGAUUAAAGGUUUGUUUUUGUACUGCUCUUCUUUCUGGCUGUGAAUUAAAAGCUUUUCUUCUCA